AGUUUGUAAAUACCAAACCUCAAAGCAACCUCUGAUUCCUUCUCUCACUCUCUCUUCCUCUGCUGCUGAACCAAAGCCCAACUGAAGAAUGGCAAAGCAGCAGCUGGCCAUGGCCAUGGCUAUGGCGUUUCCUCUUCUAUGGGCUCUACUCUGCAUCUCUCUGGCUCCCACUGUCGCCAAUGCCUUCACUGCUUCCGCUUGGACCAAAGGCCACGCCACUUUCUACGGCGGUGGCGAUGCCUCCGGGACUAUGGGAGGUGCAUGUGGGUAUGGCAACCUAUACUCUAGUGGGUAUGGCACAAGGACUGCUGCCCUAAGCACGGCUUUGUUCAACGAUGGUGCCUCAUGUGGAGAGUGUUACAAGAUCAUAUGUGACUAUAAUACAGACCCUAGAUGGUGCAUUAAGGGCAGGUCGAUAACGAUCACCGCAACGAACUUCUGCCCUCCGAAUUUCGCUCAGGCCAACGACGCUGGUGGUUGGUGCAACCCGCCAUUGAAGCACUUCGACAUGGCUCAACCGGCGUGGGAGAAGAUCGGGAUCUACAGAGGUGGAAUCAUCCCUGUUAUGUACCAAAGGGUGCCAUGUAAGAAGCAUGGUGGAGUGAGGUUCCAAGUCAAUGGGAGGGACUAUUUCGAGCUGGUGACCAUCACCAACGUGGCGGGAGCUGGAUCGAUUAAGUCGGUUUCCAUCAAGGGUUCGAAGACAGGGUGGCUGCCCAUGUCGAGGAAUUGGGGGGCAAACUGGCAGUCGAAUUCGUACCUUAAUGGACAAUCCAUGUCUUUCCAAAUCACGACUACCGAUGGGGAGAUGCGAACGUUCAACGAUAUCGUACCGGCUAAUUGGGGGUUCGGCCAAACUUUCUCGAGUAGACUACAGUUCUAAAAACGUGAAGGCUCGGAAUAGUAUUGAUUCGAUCUAAGAACUCAUAAGGGUUUUUCCAGAAAAUUUCUUUAUAGUUUAAUUUUGGCUGAGGCGUUGCUUAUACUUUUACAAGGAGCUGCCCGCCUUGCGACUAUGAGUCCAUGCGCUUUUGCGAGUGACUUUAACGUCGUAAUACGUGAACCCAAUGAAAUUUCCGUUGAAGAGAAAUUGUGGGUAGGGAUUUGGUUGGAGCAGAUUGAUGAAAAGUUACAAUAAGGGCAUUGGAAUUGCAGAGUUUGCAAGUUAGGUUGUAAUUUGUAUUUUCCUUUUUUACAUGAUAUGAAACGGUUUCUAGCUUUGUUUCUACUUUUUUCAUUGGUUUUGUUGUCUUUCUGGUUCUAUUAUUUGAGGUAAUUGUAUUGAUGAAAUUGAAAUGUUCAUUUAAUAAUUGAUUAUCCCAGCUA